UGUUCGUUAUAUGCUAGAAGAUAUUGCAUAUAUACAUAAAAAUGUUGCUUAUAAAGAAGAUUUUGAAUUACUUGAAAAACGAGAUGAAAUAUGGUCACAACAUAAGACUAAUGAAACUAUUUCAGGUCCAUUUCAUAAUUUACCUGUACUUCAUUGGAAUGAUACAGAUACUUUUGCUCAAACUUUAACAAUAGAUUUUUCAACAUCAUUUUAUUAUGAUCAAUUGGAACCAACUAUUACUGAUUAUUUUGUUUUUGAAGCAUUUACAGUAGCACGUGAUUAUCAUGAUAAAUUAAUACCGAAUAGAGAAGAUUGUCAAGAAUUGAUAAAACUUGAACAAAUUAUGAAAGAACGACCAGGAUUAGCUAAUGAUUUUAAUAAAGACUUAUUAUUUAAACGUUUUACAGAAAAAUUUUUUUCCAAAUUAAAUAUUUAA